GAAUAAGGAUCCCAUAUCGAUCGAAUGAAGAUGGAUGGGUUGAGAUAGGUUCGUUCCAACUUAAG